CUCAAAUGUCAAAUCAUCAGUGUCAAAAAAUAAUUUCGUCAACGUCGUUUCUCUACCAAAUUUUAAUGUUUUCACAUAUUUAUCGGUAACCGUAGCUAAUUUUAACUAAACUAAUACACUUCACUGCCUUCUUUGGUGCUAAAACUAUACUAUAACAUCUAAAAGUUGUGAUUUGAGAGACGAAGAAGUACUUUUUGAGUACACCAUAUUUUGUUAUGGUGCGAUUGUUGUGUUCGAACGGUGUUCUACAGCUUACAAUGCGUUGAACGCGUAGUUGCACUCACAAAGGAUUGUACGAUAUCUAUUUUAAGCCUAUACAGCUGACAAAUUUAGUACAAAAUGGAAGUGAUUCAAAACCCACAGACAAGCGGAGCUAGUACUCGCAUGCAGCGUAGAGACAAUAUGAACAACGAAGUGUCGUCCACGUCCAGUGAAGAUAUCACGCAUAAUACAGUGUCCAAGUUCAACAACUUCUAUAAAACACGGUACUCUGAAACUGCAUCGGACAACGAAUUAGAACCACGACGAGUUCAGCAAAGAAGCCACCACAAAAGCAUGGGCAAUAUACACGAAGCUUACCGAAUGGAUCGCAACUUGAAUCGAGUACACAACAGUGUGAGUACAGUCGAUUUAAGUCUUCACGGCGAGGGAAUAAAGAAGUUUGAAUCGUUACAAGUGCCUAUCGUUGGCUACGAAGUAAUGGAAGAGCGGGCACGGUUCACAAUCUACAAAUUAAAAGUAGAAGACGACAAAAGAGACCAGUCUUGGCUGGUUUUUCGUCGGUACACAGAUUUCGUGCGAUUAUAUUCACGGAUAAAGGCUGAAUUGCCUAAUAUACUGUUGCCUCUGCCUGGAAAACGUUGGUUUAGAGAUAAUUUUGAUCCUGUCUUUCUUGAAGACCGCGUGCGAGGUUUACAAGUGUUCGUCAACGCGAUACUGAAUAAGCUACCCAAUCACCCUGUUGUUAGGGAGUUUUUCUGCUUAGACGAGCCUCCGCAAGUGUUUAGUUAUCAGCCAGAAGUGCAAGCCGUGUACGGUGCUUUGGAGGACUCAAUAUCAACAUUGAAAAUGCAACUGAAGCAAAAGGACGCUACGAUUAUGCAUUUACAAAAGCGAGUAGCGCAGUUAGAAGCUCAAUCGAAAAGUUGUUCCCAAUGUAGUACAAAUAAUAACUCAAACGCGAUGUAGAGUUUGCUGCAAUCAAAAAUGUGGCCUUUCAAAGUCA